AGUGCUGUAUCGAGAAACUUGUACUCCGUAAGAAAUUGAAGCCGAAAUUGAAGUGUCGAACUGAACUGUGUUGCAAGAUUAUAUAAAGGAAACCAAGUCAAGUGUUACAGUAAGUAUUACAUACAUCAUUAAUGCAUGGAUCUCCUGGGAUAAACUUAAUCGGAGACAGCGUAUAGUCAGAAAUAUGUUCUCAGUUGGUUGAGUAAGCGUUAUAUAGAGAGAAGAUGGUGUUCAACUUCGGGAGCUGAAGAGAAUUAAACGACAUGUCCCGAAAAAAAAAAAAAUGUGUUCAGUAAGUAAACGUCAAUUAAAUGACGUGUCCAAAUACAAGGUAUCAAGUCUACUACGUAUGAUGAAAAAAUUAGCAUUAUUUGCUAACUCUGAUAACUGCAGAUUGACUACCAUCUGCUGCACAAUAGUAGUUUGUAAUACCUAUCUAUUAUAUAUUUGGUGGUUUCUGUGCACUCAAAAGCUUUAAUUAGCACUAAACUGUUUAUUCGCAAGUACUCGUAAAUUUUAACCCAUCAAGGAUUUGUUUCUCUUGCCACGCUCCUGACAGGAAAUUUCUGUUGACGCGCGAAGAUGCGCGCAAUUGCGCAAAAGGCAAAUAAUGAUAAAAUUGUUCCAAAAAUACGCGCGCGCGUGUUUCGUUGUUUAUUGCGCAUUUCCGAAUAUUGCGUGGUUGUGUCGAAUCGUUUCUCUAGCGGUGAUAUAAUGCGGUUUAUAGUGAACAGGAGUCGUUGAAAUGUUCGCUCACGGGGUAUAUUCUCGACAAUUACAGCGAAAUUUCUACACUUGAUUCUCAAGAGGUUAUGUAUAGGUACACCGGGCUUUUAACGACUUGUUGAUAUAAACUGUGAGAAGAAUUGACAAAUGUGGCCGAGUUGAAAAGUGCGUCAGGUUAUGAGCUUUCUGCACUUGGCAAUAUCAAACUUCCUUGACCUUAUUAAAACCUGCGUGACUUAUUCAGUUGCUCCCAGACCCAUAUGCAGUGAAUUACAUAGCUAUUGUGCUAGACUAUUUUCCCUACAAAUUUGUUAAGCAAAUAUCGUCAAUUCAGUGGUUUGUCUGGUGGUAAAAUGUAGAAAAAGUCUACCUGCCACGUAUCCCAAAAGUGGUGGUCCAGUGUAGGUAGUAUUCUACAAUAAGCUGUCGUGGUUUGUGUCUGAACUAUCUGAAAAAUUCGGCACUGUUUUAAAUGAAUGAAAAUUUAAAUUUCCCAUAUCAAUGGAAUUUCAAACUUAUUUUAAACCUGUUAGGGUCCUGCUUGGAUUAAUAGACUUAAUGCUCUUUAUUCGUUGCAAUACCUUAGGAUAUCUACAUCUCACGCCAUGAAUGGUAAUUUAGAUAAGAGUUCGUUAAACUGUUUAAAGCAUGCACGCCUCAGAUUGUGGUUUUCUGUUAUCUUAUCUACUGGGAGAAUUAUUUUAAAAAAUGGUGAGUUGCAGAUAUUUGAAAUAGUUUCAGGUAUUAUAUACCAAGACCAAACACUGAAGUAAACCAGCUUUAUUUCAAAUUGGAUAACUCUAUCAGUUCCAAACUGUUUUCCCGCGAGGUAAAUGCCAGGGUCAUAUAUGUUAUUGAUCCAGUAUUACUAUACAGGAAAUCUAAACUAAACUAACUUUAUUUAUAUUGGAUAGCUCUAUCAGUUUAAAUUGUUCUCCCUAGAGUCCAGUAUAAGGAUCAUCGGCUUAUUGAUCCAGUGUUGCUACAGGAGGAAACCUAAACUAAACUAACUUUAUUUAUAUUGGAUAGCUCUAUCAGUUUAAACUGUUCUCCCUAGAGUCCAGUAUAAGGAUCAUCUCUUAUUGAUUCAGUGUUACUACAGGAGGAAACCUAAACUAAACUGUUCUCUCUAGAGAUUCAAUAGAAGUUAUCUCUUGCUGUUCAGUUUUGCUACAACAGGAAACUGGAGAAACCUGUUUAAUUUAAUUGUUAGAGUCAAACUGCAAGCACUCUUCCCACAUGUGACUGGGUCGCGGUCGAGGUCGCGACUGUGCAUGGUAGCAACACCCAAAACAUGCGACGAGUUAUUAAUAGCCGUACUCAGUUCCCAAGAAGAGUUCUUUAUGACCUUUAAAGGGCCUGAAGAGCCUCUCACAGAGAAGUUAUCAGUUGACAUAACGUGAAAGACCAUGCCUUCAUUUUUUACAUUCCAAUGACAGGGCACAGUUUCUAAAGCCGCCAGCCACUUUGUCAGGAGCUUAACUGAGCCAUGUCAGAAGGACAGGCCGAACUAACUUUUCUAACGAAGGACCCAAGCGUGUCUAAUCUCAUAUAGUUCAAACACAAACCACGGCAGCCUAUUGUAGAAUACUACCUACACUGGUCUACACUGGACCACCACGUUUGAGAUAUCUUUUUCAGGUAGUUCAGAUACAAACCACGACAGCUUAUUAUAGAAUACUACCUACAUUGGAUCACCACGUUUGAGGUAUUUUUUCUGAUCAGGUAGUUCAAACACAAAUUCUCCGAACCUCAGCUUUAUGUAUUAGCCGGAAUUCUUUUUAGAUUAAAAUGUUAUUUUGAAAACAAAGGUUUAUAAUAAUUCGACAUAAGUUUCUGUCUAAAUCGCUCCCUAAGUUAGACCUGGCGGGACAAAUGGAAUGCACCAAGACCAAGUGUUUCAUAUCAUCUGAAAGCCAAGCCCUCUGAUGGGGCGUUAAUAGUUUCAAAAGUUUUUUAAAGUGUUUUUUAAACAUCGCCGCCCCUGAAUUGGAGCAAUUUUAACUCCAGCUGGUUCUGAACGAUGCUCGGCCAAAAAGAGAGGGAAUUUAAUUGGGUCAUUCAUAUUCAUUUAAAAAUGUCUCCGACCUGGCUUCCCGUUCAGUAAGGGUGCGCAACUAUUCCACCCACACAGGGAAAUUAGCAGCUUGUAGUUUUGGCAGUUAGUGUCCGUUUUUAACUUUGUGGCUAAUUACACAGUCUGAUUAAAACAUAACCUCAAAUAUUUCAAUAACUUUGCAGAAUUUGCGGUUCCUGACAGAGCUCAAAUAACUGUGUUUGCAAGUACUACGCUGUAAAAACAGAUUGGUUAAUUAAAAAGUAAUAAAUUGGUUUUCUCAGGUUCAUAACAAAAGGACUUUGGUUAAUUUAACCAAUUUUAUUUUACAGUGUAGGUUCUAACAUGAAAAAUAUUCCUUUCACUCAACGCUGCAUGUGAGUCAACUUUAAACUAAAAUUUUUCAAUUCUAUUUCAGUUUUCGAAUGAUAUACAAUGACAAGAAUGAACAUUAUUUUCUCACUCUGUCUCUGAUAACUGUAUGUUUGCCACGAUCUACUGCACGAUAUAAUGCUUACUGUGAAACCUACUUAUUACAAUAGUUUUUUUCUACUCAUAUAAGCUGAGCCGCCCGGCCUUCUCAAGCGAAAUCGUGUGGUGUUAGAUCGAGUAAGUCAAAUUAUAAAUUCUCACACGUCUGAAAACAAAGUUCAAAACGCAAAUACAAGUUAACUAGACUUCCAAAAAUGGCGAAUACUUCCUAAAACGGCGAUAAUACUGCAGUUGCUUAGCAACGAAACGUAAGCGUGCACUCUCUAGGUAAAAUUGAAUAAACAAGCUUUUUUCACCGCUCAAUCCGAUUACACUUUAGCCUUCGCUUUUUUCAGUUGGCCUUAAGCAUUUUACCUCUUCCGAUUUUAACGCGUUAAUCUUGCUAAUCCGAGCUUAGCUCAAGUUUAAAUAGGAAAUCCUGAUAGGGCAUGCGCAAUGGACGCCAGUUUGUUGUUCUACCAAAAAUUUACUCCAAAAGCACUAGCGGCUCAUCAACGAUUUGUGAUUGCUAUCUUAUCAAUAUAGCUACCUCUGAGACCGGGCUUUUCUUCAAUGUGCAAAAGCUCUGGAUUGAGCCUUAAGGAUUCGACUAAAAUCUAAUCUUAUCCUGAAAAAAAUAUAUGCAAGUAAAACUCGUCGACGUUCCGAGCGAAGCCCUUCGUCGUGAAGUUAGUAAACCGUCGUAUUCUAUCUUUCAGGCAGAAGUUGAAUCGCUCUCAAUCCUCCUGACACAGACCGUUCGAGAGCCUGUCUGAUUAUAAUUUCACAUGCGAGUACGCGGAAACGAGCUAGGCUAACACGUUCUGUACUUUGUAAAGUUUUGGCUGCACGUCGAUAUUGAUAACAUUAGUUUUUUAAUCAAGUGAAAAAGCGUUAACAAGAUGUUCUAUUGAGUCAUUUGCUUUCUAAAACAUUGUUUCCGCCUGUGUGGUAAGGAAAGCUCGCUAAUCUUGUUAUUUUUGCCCUGCCUUUCCUACUCUGCACAGAUUUAAACUUUUUACAAUUAGAUAAAAACAAAAAGAUGUGACAAGCUACCUCACUCGCUCGAUUAUUUAGAGAGCCUUAAGCCUCGCUCAAGCGAAGAUAACAGUUGAUGACUCUCACUGCACCAACUUUAUUUAAACUGGAUCAAAGUUUGCCUUAGAGUUUUGUAAUAGAUGUCGUAACUACUAACUCUUGACGAAGGGCUUUCGUUCGAAACGUCGAGUUUCUGCUUAUUUUUUAAGGUAGUAAUAUAACCACUCAGCACAGCAUUUCUACAUUGGUACUACCAACACUGGUACAGACAGUUUUCGUCUAUAUAAUUGGUUUUCCCGCCAAAUGUUUGAGGCGAGAUAGUGUUGCAACGCCAUUAACUACUUCAGUGUAGUUUUAUGACUUUUGAUUGGCUAAUAAGAAGCUCCUUCAAUAAUUCAACUCAAACGUCGUGGUUUGUGUCUGAACUAUCUGGAAAACAUAUCUCAAACGCGGGGGUCCAGUGUGGGUAGUAUUCUACAAUAAGCUGUCGUCAGUGGUUGCAGCAUACGUCCAAGCCAUUAUAAUCGUUGGAACCAUGUUUUAUCUUUGAUAGUAAUUUAAUAAGUAUCUUCGCAAACAAACUGAUAUUGAGAUAUGCUGAUAAUCUAUAGAUUAGUUUUAACAGGCUUUCAGCAUGAGUUUCAAAAACAUCUCAAACUUGGCUCAUACCACAAAUAUCUGGCGAAGUUUACAAGAUAAAAGUUAAGAUUUAUAAUUGUUGGGUUUUUUUCGACACUCUGCUCCCCAAGUGGGAUGUAAUUCCUCAAAGUAGCGGCUUUUAUCGAGUAUAACUAUUGUUGCUGCUUUAAGAUAAGUUGCUAAUAUUUGCGAAGAUAAUUUCACUGAUAACGCACUGUCCCCCACUAUGCUUCAAAUUCCUCUACAAGACAAUGAAGUCGGCUUACGUUAUAUUAAUCUAUUUUAAAACCUAUUGAUCGAGCCGAAACUUUCAAGAAUUAAGUGCAGAAAAUCUUUUUUUUUUAGAAUUGUCCAUGCUUUGGGGCGUUAUAUUCAGUUAAAAAACUCAUUAAUAAUUCAUGAGCAAAAGACAAAGGAAACUGCCGUGUUGGUGGUUUUAUAUGUGAUAAAAAAUCAUGUUCAUUUACAUAAACUUUAGCUUUGAUUUUCUCGGCUUAGACAUGCAACGUUGAUUUUUAAAAUUACUUCACCAAUGAACUCGUAAGAUGGGUCGUUUUUAAGUCAUUAAAAACACUCGCAGUCUGUGCUAUAUCAGAUAUAACAUACUCGGCUGUCGCCUCGUGUUUUAUAAAGCACUACUGCUCAGAAAAUGGGGCUCAACUCUAAAUCGACACUUACAGGAACCAUAUUAAACUACAUUUCUCCAUUGGAUUUAUUGGCCAAACAAGACUAACUAUCAGUCUACCACAUACAAUGAAAAGAAUUAGCAUUACUGAUUUUCUCACUGAUAACUGCAGUUUCAUCAAUAUAGCUGUUUAGUGAAACACGCCUAAAAAGAUAUCUUCUAAUAUGCAACGAGUGUUUAGAUAGGAUAAUUGUUUCAUUUGAUAAAGGUUUUAUGAAGGAAAAUAUUUCCGACAUUCCGUGGGAUUUUUUAGUAUUUCCUGAUUGCCUGCUUUAGUUUUGCAGUUUAUUGUGAAAGGCGUUUUUAAUAGGACCCUUGACCCAGCACCCAAUAAGACCUGAAUUGUUUUUCCUAUUUCUCAUUCAUGAGAUCUUAUUUUGUCAGCUUUUUAACAAGGAAGUGACACAUGUUGUAUAUGAACUAGAUAAACUUGUUAUAUCUUCUCCUUAAUUAAAAGCUAAUCUUGCCAACUAUGAGUAAAUAAUAGACUUUGAAAAAAAUGAGAUUCUAAACUCGUGAUCUUGAAAAACACUGCUUUGCCUUAGCAACAACAUCGAGAAACAUCAGUUUUCAUUUUUUAACACAUACUUUACGAACGACUCUUCAAAGUAAUUGGAGAUUGUGAAGUGAUGUGCAAUGACAAUGUUCGUAUCGAUUAUUUUGUUUUUCACGUCCAAAUUCUUCGUUGUUUUACAUGAUUCUAAGGAACAAGACAAAACAUACUUUCUAGGACUGUGAUAUGAACUCGAACGGUGUGUCGAUCAGCGUAGGUAACGGCAAUCACACCAGAAAGUUGUGGAUUGAAAUGCAUUCAACUAUUUCCAAAAAAUACAAGUGAAACGUCGACGUCCUUCUAUACGAAGGGUUUCAGCCUUUCAGGUAUAGUUGAAUUCCUCUCAAAUCGCAGUUUUCUAACCUGGCAAAGUGGUCACAAAAUGAUAUUUUUUCUUUGACAGUUCACUAACGUAAAACGUGUAAAUCCUUCCAGCAAGUAGAAUAAAAAUUAAAAUAGAACCGUUUUUAUUGUAACGACGUGAAGCAGAUCAAACUUCGACGAGCUAGUUUCGAGAGAAACGGUCCUUCGUCAAGAGACUAAUUGAAGAUCGGAAAAAAAACUUGCCCGUUGUCCGUAGUUCUACCCGUGAACACUCGAAAAGACAUGUGAUAAAAUUUGAAAAUUAAAAAACUUCAUUUGGCAACAGUGCAAGUCUAAAACCAACAAAAAAAGAUUAAUGGAAUUAUUGGGGUUUCCAUUUCAGCAAAUAUAUAUGCAGGACUGUUUGUGUAUUUAGCCUGAUGCCAGCUAAUCUGUUUGUUGACGCGUUUUGUCCAAUCAUCGGCAAUGCUCGAUAAAUAUGAGUUGCGCAGAUAUCGUAUUACGCGCAUUUCGAUCACUCAUAGAGCAAUCCAUCACAUUGAUCAAAAUCAAACCCUUAAAUAUAACCAUAUUUUAUCUAAUUAGUAAGACUUGAAAUAAAUGCGCUUUGUCGGUGCGUCGGUGUUGCAGUCAGAACAUCAAGCUUUUGGGAACUAACAAGAAAGUGUGUCUAUCGUUUUAGAGUACUGUAAACACGACUUGUGACGGAGAGAGGAUCUUUACAAGGACAUUGUUUGUGACGGGACAUCAGAAUGGGGAGUUUAUUGAGGAUUUUGGCCAUAUCGCGGACACGUUUUGCGUGGAGUGUUUUAAGAACGAUCUUGUUCGUAGCUGUAAUCAAGUCGCUCGACGCACGUCGUUUGCAAACGUCAACAGGGCCGAAGUAUGCGAAGUUGCAUGGCCCGUUCAAUGGUGUUAAAAAUCGCGACCAUUUCGCAAGUGAGGAAACGACACGACAGAUGCUGAAUGUAUUAGGAAUGGACGAACUUCCCAAGCCUAGACAGGGGAUCAUUCCACAUGAAUACAUGAUACAAAUAUAUGAAAAAAUGUCACGAAGAAAACCACGGGCAAAUGGCGUCAACACCAUCCGAGGAUUUGUGGAUGUUGGUAAGUCAAACACACUAUGUAAUAUCAUAAACGUUUAGGUUCGUAGCGAUAAUAUUCACAAGCCGGUUGAAAGAUUGAACUGCCUGAAAAAUGUACAAAGAACUUCGCUGAACGAAGGCACUUCAAGCGUCUGGACGUUUUCAGUGUAGUUCCAUCCUUCAUUCAAUAUCGUGAAUAAACACAGUCUACCCUAUUUCAAGCAAUGUAAACACAUAUCUUCACUUUUGGCAUAGUUUUAUCGUGUUUAAAUCAAAAUGAGUAUAGGCCGUUAACAACAAGUGUUGUUUUUGUCUUCUAGGCAACGAUGACAGCAAGGGUAGAAUGAAAUUUCAUCAGAUAUAUGCAUUUAAUAUUUCCGCUCUGCCGAGCUCGGAAAAAGUCAUCUCUGCUGAUUUGCGUAUUCUGCGCUUGCCUACGCGCUUGCAGUGGAAAUACGCCUGGGCGCACGGCACACAGUAUCGCGCAAAAUUAUACUUCAAAAAAAUUGUGGCGCAUGUGUGGAACGGGCAGAUUUAUACUCACGCACAACUGGUACUCUUGGAUUCAGUGCUGUUUGAUAUCAAGGAUAAACACAGCGAGAAUUGGAAAGUUUUUAAAGUGUUGAAUGCAUUACGACUGUGGAAAAAUGAUUCGAAUUUUGUGCAUCAUUUGGAAUUACAAGUGGAGUCGGUACGUACGGGAUAUUUAAUGCCAGCGUAUGCGUUUGGUUUGACUGAUAAAGGACGACCGCAUUACAAGCGAGCACUGUUGGUCACCUUCACUGAUGACGGGAAAACGCCGGAGACGAAUGGCAAAAGAAAUAAGAAAUCGAGAAAGAAGAAAGUUGAGUUGAAGUCGGAGGAAGAAAGCACGAAUCGUGUAAAGCGUAGCAUUAAACGUAGAAAGCGAAUAAAAAGAAAACCUUUAUGUAAUCGCAAGAAACUGUAUGUGGACUUCACCCUGCUCGGAUGGUCCGAGUGGAUUAUCGCACCACGAGGAUAUAAUGCAUAUUAUUGUCAGGGAGUUUGUAAGUAUCCUAUCCCUGAACAUUUAAAGCCAACAAACCAUGCAAUAGUUCAGACUACUGUACAUUCUAGCGAUAGACGGCGAGUACCACCUGCUUGCUGUGUGCCACACAAACUCUCAGGACUUGGCAUGCUAUUUUUGGACAGAGGGGAUAGUGUGGUUUAUAAAAAAUAUGAGAAUAUGAUUGUUGAGAGCUGUGGCUGUAAAUGAAGGCCUCAACGUUCAAUAUCGUAGCCAGAAAAUCCCUUGGGGCUUGCUUAAAGUCAGUUUAAUACACCAAGUGCCCUCAAGGUGAGAAUUUAGGAUUGACAGAACAAAACAUCAAGAAUCCUCGUAGCAGACUAGCAGUUCUGAAAUGUCGCCGUUUUGCAGACCUUGUGUCUUUCGCUUGUAUCCUGUCGGCCAUAAAACAAACAUAUAAAGCUAUUGAGGCAAUGAAAACUGCAGAACCGUGGAGACUUUGUCUCGGAUAUAGUGUUAAUGUAAUCUGUUGAUGAGGUCUGGAUAUGUGUUUGUGUAUUAUGUUGAUAAACGCGCUUCCAACACUCAAUUCCUCUAUGCGAUAACAAACAGUUUUGUGUCAAAAUUGUCUGAGCGAGAUCAGAUCUAGAGCUUGUCACGAUAACUCAAUUAUUAUGAGGCAGGAAAACAAUAUUGCGAAAGUGAUUAAUUUUCAAACUCAGCAUAAAUUGCGUGCAAAGUACAUCCCAUUGCUUCAUAAUCCUAUUACCACUAAUACAUUCGCCUUGAUAUUUCCGAACUUGUACAAACUUAAGGAAACAGUCAAUAUUGCCGGUGAAUAUAUGAAUAUAUACCGUGAGAUAUUUAGGACUACUUGAUUGAUAUUCUAGUAGUAAACAAAGUAUAAAAAAUGUUUUGGAACUUAUAUAAAACAUUUGGUAAUUGUUAAAAUGUUAACCCUUUAUUUUGCGCGAUUUAUCGACAUAAUACCAAACACACUUUUUUUACCGAGUUGGUGCAAUGGUGCAACUGAACUUUGCCAAUGUAUCUGUAAAUACUUAAUAUAUCAAAAAUAUGCACUAUUUAUUAAAAGAAGCAUUAAGCUAAUGUCAAAAAAACUCAUUAAAAAAUGUAUACGCAUUUUAAUCUUACGUGUUUCGGUUAAUGGCUUUUUAAAACCUACACGACGUAUAGACGCUUUAAAAUUAGCCUUGUGCGCGACACAAUGAGGGAAGAGAUUAUUUCGCUGGCCUCAGAGUGACAAAACGUAACAAAGCAACGGUUUUACUAACCCUAUUCCAAACACCAACUGUAACCCUAACCCUAAACUUACCCUACUCCAAGUUUGUUUCUAAACCAAUCUUGAAGAAAAAAGUUUUGACGAAAUGUCAUUCUGAGGUCAG